GUAUAAAAGAAGGGACUUUGGGAUUAUAUUUCAUACUACUUCCUGGUGGAAAGAUUAUAGAUUCGAAGGGAAGUACAUUAUACUCUUGGCCUUGUUUACUUAUUAUCCAUUACAAAUUCACUUAUUACUUGGCUUGACUUCCGCCGUGCUCUGCAAGGUUGCUUUACGACAAGCUUGUCAACACCCCGCCACAAACUUCCAACGCCCUUACAAAUAUCACAGAACUUUAUAGAAGGAAACUACGAAUACAACAUAACAACUUCCACCAGCAAUAUUUCUAUUUACUUGAAGUCGAUAGCGGUCACUCCCUAAAUCUCAUAGUCGAGCCAUUCUACAAUUCAUACCAUCUACUGCAGUAACUACCAAUUCCUAGGUAUGGCUUCCAACGUGGUAGUCAUCGAUAAGUCCUUCAACAGGGCAACUAUAAAAGUCACUCCCGGCACGUACAUGAGUGAAGUUGUCUCGGAAGCCUGCAAGAAGCUUGGAAAGAAAAGCACCAACUACGAUCUCAAGAGAAACAACGACAAAGCCAUCGAUUUAUCCCAAACAUAUCGUCAAACGGGUCUCACCACCGGCGCAAAACUCACCUUGGUCGAAGCUUCCAGAUCUCCCGCUCCCGUCUCCAUUGCGCUCCAAUUACCACAAGAUCUCGCAUCUGCGGUUCCGGGUGGGAGGUUAAAAGAUACGUUUCCUAGUAAUACAACAUUAUGGCUUAUUCUCCGCAAAUUCGAGUCUAGCAACGGAGCUGCGAAUUUAAAUUUCACGGGGAGAGGAGUAGCGCAACUACAAAAUGGCGCUUCGGGAGCUGGUCGCAUGGUGUAUGAGAUGCCGGUGCUGAAUGUGAUGGGAAGAGAAAUGGCGACAUUUGGAGAUUUACAAAAGACGCUUGCGAAUUUGGGAUUGAACAAGGGCACGGGAUUGCUGAGACUUACAUUUCGACAAACGGAUCAGCCGAUUGAGGAGGCGAUGAAGGAUAUUGGAGAAUAUUUCAAGGAGGAAGAGCAAGAACCUGAAGCCCCUGCCGAAACGCCAAAGAAAGUUGAAAGUAUAACGGAUACUAUUACGCAUCUUCCUUCUGAAUCAGAACAGCAAAAUGAAGAUAUAACUAUGGAGGAUUCUGAUCCUUCAGAUACAACUCCCUAUUCAACACCCACACCCGCCGGCGCAACCACAAACACUACACCUUCCAACCCACCUCUGUCCUCCUCGACCGACCCCUCCACCUCCCCUCAAAUUCUUGGCCCAGAUGGCCUUCCUCUAACUGUCUUCCUUGCUCCCAGCAACUCCACUCCCCUUGCAGCCCUCGUCCCUCACAACGAUGACGAUUACACCCCCACCAUCCACCACGCCAAAUCCGUGCUAUCUCGUCUUCAAAACAGUUCUCAAAACACAAAACUUCUUUCCUACGAUGAAGAACUUGCGCUUGAAACUUCCAAUCAAGCUCGCCUAUCCAAAAUCAAGGAAAUCCCUCUUCGCAUUCGAUUCCCAGAUCAAAUGGCUAUUAGCAAAUCCAUCACUAAUGAGUCUCACGGAAAAUGGCUUUAUGACUAUGUACGCGGAUUGAUCGUUCAUGAGAAUGAACCUUUUAAAUUGAUCUAUCAGGGUAACAAAGGAAGAGAAACAAUACCUAAUGAAGAGAGUAAACUCUUAAUCAAACAUUUGGGAAUUCAGGGUCCAACGGUGGUUAAUUUAGCGUGGGAAGACUCGGCAAAUAUCGGGGGAUUGAAGGGAAAACCGGUGUUAAAGGAUAUUUAUAGGGAGAAAGCUACAGAGCAGCCAGUGCCCGUUGUGGAGAGUGUGGGGGAGAAAGAAGAGGAGAGAAAGCCAGAUGAGGUGAAGAAGGAUGAUGGGGGUGGGGAGAAGAAGAAGAAGGGAUUGACCAAUCUUAUUAUGAAGAAUCUGAAGAAGAGGUAGGUAGAUGAAGGAGGGAGGAAAUAGACGAGGUUUUCGAGAAUGGUUGAUGGAUUGUUCAUGUUCAUUUUCACAGCGUCGGUCUAGAUUUCGCCAGAUGAUACCUGAAGAGUGAGUGGUGCACUAGGUGAUAAUGAUUUAUGACAGUACUCAUAGGACGGGUGGUUGGACUUCUUCGGUCUCGAGAAGAUGUGUUUCUCUGGAUCAGACUAGCAGGGAAGGGAAAUCAUAGCGAGGCGUUUGUGCUACUCAUUUUCUCAUUGGCUCAGAGUGCAAAACAUAACAACUUGAAUAAAGAAUUCACA